AUGGACAUAAGGUUUCAGGGCAUAGAGAGUAGGGUUCCGGGGUUAGGGUUUAGGUUUCGAUGUAUAGUAGUGAGUGCAUCAAGCACAUUAAAUGGUGAUGAUGAUGUAUCGGAUGGAAGCGGUUUAUAUUCAUCAGAGGAAGAUAUAAACAGGACAAAUGUUCGUGCAAAGACAUUAGGAAGUGAUGGACCACAUGUUCCCCAUAAAGGUUAUGGGGAUUAUCAUCCUCCCCUUAAAAAGGGAGGAGGGGAACCCUCUGUAAGGAGGGGAGGAACUGUCCCCCCCUUUGGGGGACAAUACCCUCAUCCUACAAGUAGAUAUGGAACCCCAGGAAAAGACCAUGUCAAUUCCAAAUAUGGAACCCCAAAAAUUGGAUCACCAAAUUUUGGAACCUUGAAGAGUGGAACACCAAAAAAUAAAAGUUUCUCCCAAAGGAGUAAAAGAGUAAAGGAGGUAUUAAAAACAUUAUGGAAGAAAUGUGUAUGUCAUGGUAAUAAACAUCGACGUUUGGUAAUAAUUUUUGCGGUGGUUAUUAUGGUGGUAAUAUAUUUUGUACUUGCCUACUGUGCAAGCUCAGGUAUGGGAGGAGCCGAUAAUCUUUUCCUGCCGCGAGAAGCGCGCGAAUUAAAAACAGGUUGUAAUACUAUUUUAGCCUGUGUUAAAACGGCAUCGACCUCUAUAUUAGCAGUAUAUGUAGUUCCUACUAUAAUAGGGAUCCUUGUGAUAGGUGCCUUAUUUGGAUUUUAUUGUUGGAAACUGGAGCAAUGUAACAAAAGGGAAAAAUUUUAA